GACAACAUGGCCGCAGCUGUUUCUGCAACGACGACGACGAAAAUGCUUGACGAUAUCGUCGUUUUUCAAAAGAACGACUUGCCAUCGCAAGGAUAUCCUGUCAUGGAGUCAAUCAGACGACAGGGAAAACUCUGCGAUGUUACUCUCAAGGUCGGUGAGCAGAAAUUCUCCGCCCAUCGGAUUGUUUUAGCGGCAGCCAUUCCAUAUUUUCAUGCCAUGUUUACACAUGAUAUGGUGGAAAGCAAACAAGAUGAAAUAGUUAUGCAAGGAAUUGAACCAAGUGUUUUAGAAUCCUUUGUUAAUUAUGCGUAUAACGGUCGUGUUGAGUUAGAUGUAAACAACGUGCAAUCAAUAUUAGUUGGUGCUAGUUUUCUACAGUUACAAGCCAUAAAGGAAGCCUGCUGUGAAUUUCUUAAAGAAAGGUUAAACCCGUGUAAUUGUCUAGGAAUUCGUACAUUUGCUGAUACUAUGAUGUGUUCGAAUUUACAAGAAGCUGCCAAUAGCUACCUUCAUAAACGAUUUAUAGAUGUAUCAAAAUCCGACGAGUUUUUAAAUUUAUCAAAAGAAGAAAUAUUUGAAAUUUUAUCGUGUGAUGAUUUAAAUGUGAAAGGAGAGGAUCAGGUAUUUGAAGCACUUGUUGCAUGGGUAAAACGUGAUAUUGCAAAUCGGCAACAGUACAUGCCUGAGUUACUUGCCAAAGUUCGAUUACCACUUAUUAGGCCACAAAUAUUAACAGACAGAAUAUCAACUGAGGAGCUAGUAAAGACAUGUCACCAAUGCAGAGACCUAGUUGAUGAAGCCAAAGAUUAUCAUUUAAUGCCAGAAAGAAGAGCACAAUUACAGAGUGCAAGAACCAGACCUAGAUGUUGUAAUGAUAUUACAGGAAUGAUUUAUGCUGUAGGUGGUUUAACCAAUUCAGGUGAAUCUUUAAGCACAGUAGAAGUAUAUGAUUCAAUAUGUAACAAUUGGGUGCCAGCUAAACCAAUGAGUACACUGCGUAGUCGUGUGGGUGUGACUGUAUUGAGUGGUCAAUUGUAUGCUAUUGGUGGAUAUGAUGGACAGUCAAGACUCAGUACGGUGGAGGUAUACGACCCUGUUGUUAAAGAGUGGUGGGAAGUGGCUUCAAUGAACAGUAAACGAAGUGCACUAGGUGCAGCUGCCGUUGAUGGUAGAGUCUAUGCAUGUGGUGGGUAUGAUGGUAUCUCAUCUUUAAACUCAGUGGAAGUCUAUGAUCCAGAAAAUGACAAAUGGCACAUGGUUGCUAAUAUGAACAAGUCGCGAAGUGCAGCGGGUGUUGCAAUAUUUGAUGGUCAAGUGUGUGCCGUAGGAGGACAUGACGGAUUGUCAAUAUUCAGUUCGGUUGAAUCUUUCAAUCAUUUUACUGGACGCUGGACAAUGUUACCACCGAUGUUGACAAAAAGAUGCCGUCUUGGUGUUGCAGCACUCAAUGGUAAACUAUAUGUGUGUGGUGGCUACGACGGUUCUGUCUUUCUCAAUUCUGUGGAAAUCUUUGAUCCUGUACUCCAACAAUGGUCGUUUAUUGCACCAAUGAAGUCGCGAAGAAGUCGUGUGGCACUCUCCGCAAACUGUGGUAAGCUGUACGCCAUUGGCGGUUACGAUGGACUGACUAAUUUGAACACUGUUGAGAUGUAUGAUCCACAGAUGAACACUUGGACCGAUGUAGAACCGAUGUCUGGCCAUGAAGGCGGUGUCGGCAUUGGUGUUAUACCACUUAUGCCACUUUGA